AUGGCUGAAGUUGAUCAGAACGCAGGUGAAUUUGAGGCACCAGAAAUAGUUGAGACUGAACAGAACGAGAAUGAAACGGUGGUUGAUGUGCCGAUUGUUGAGCCUGAAAAGAAAUGGCCAGGGUGGCCAGGUGAGAGUGUGUUCAGAAUGUUGGUUCCUGCUCAAAAAGUUGGGGGUAUAAUUGGACGGAAAGGAGAGUUUAUUAAGAAAAUUGUAGAGGAGACACGGGCUCGCGUAAAGAUUCUCGACGGUCCUCCCGGAACUUCAGAAAGGGCUGUAAUGGUAUCAGCUAAAGAUGAGCCUGGUUCUGCUCUUCCACCUGCCGUGGAUGGCUUAUUGAGGGCUCACAAGCGGUUAAUUGAUGGGUCAGAAAGUGAGGCUGCCCAUGCUCCCUCAGGUGCGCCCGUGAAGAUUUCUACAAAACUACUAGUACCAGCAUCACAAGCUGGAAGUUUAAUUGGGAAGCAAGGAGGAACUGUAAAAUCUAUCCAAGAAGCAUCAAAUUGUAUAGUUAGAGUUCUUGGAGCAGAAGACCUUCCUGUUUUUGCCCUUCAAGAUGACAGGGUGGUUGAAGUAGUAGGGGAAUCCGCCGGAGUGCACAAGGCAGUAGAGAUGAUUGCAUCCCACCUUAAGAAAUUUUUAGUUGAUCGCAGCAUAAUUCCAAUUUUUGAAAUGAAUAUGCAAAUGGCUAAUAAUACCCAUCACAUAGAGCACAUGCCAGUUCCCCCACCCCACCAAUCAUGGGGUCCACCUCAGGGUUUCCCACCAAAUGCUGGGGGAGGUCCUGGUUUUGGAGCCACUCAAUUCAUGCCACCUCCGCGACAAGUUGAUAAUUACUAUCCACCAGCUGAAAUGCCAAUUCCAUUGGACAAACAGCCCCAUCAUGGUAUAUCUGCCUAUGGAAGAGAUGCUUCAAUAGGUGUUCACACAUCUUCCAAUACCCAGUCCGCACCUUCCAUGGUUACACAGAUAACCCAGCAAAUGCAAAUUCCUCUAUCAUAUGCUGAUGCUGUUAUUGGAACGGCUGGAACAAAUAUAAGCUAUAUCAGAAGAGCCAGCGGGGCCACUGUUACCAUACAAGAAACAAGAGGAGUUCCUGGGGAGAUGACAGUUGAAAUCAGUGGUACUGCUUCUCAAGUUCAAACAGCACAGCAAUUGAUACAGAAUUUUAUGGCUGAAGCUGCAGCUGCAGCUGCCGCACCAGCGCAGCAACAAACAGGCGGCCCUGCUGCAGACCAAGGAUACAACUCUUACCCUGCUCAUGGUUCUGUAUAUGCGUCUCCACCUUCCAAUCCAGGACAUGCUGGAGGCUAUGGCUCAGUUUAUGGUGCAAACUAUGGGUACUAA